AUGCCACCAAAGAGCUUACUUGACUAUGUCAUUAGCGUCCGUAAACACUCUCUCGCUCGAGACUUUCAUAUUCCUUGUGACAAAGAAGCCGCGCGAUCACUGCCUCGUCAUGUUGCUGUAGGUAUGAAGCCAAAGAAAAUUCACGAGGUGCAAAAUUUCGCCAGAUAUCUCGACCACCUGUGCAAAUCUAGAGACGUUAUGCUGUCUCAUCAAAUCACGCAUUUUGUUGACUUUGGCUCAGGCCAAAACUAUCUAGGUCGUACGCUGGCUAGUCCACCUUACGACAAGUUGGUGAUUGCGCUCGAGAGUAAGCCCCAUAAUAUCGCAGGUGCGCAGGAUAUGGAUAUCCACGCACGGCUUACCGAGAAAGUCAAGACGAUAAGGAACAAGAAGCUAUGGAGGGCCCCGGACCUAAUACCCUCAGAGAAUGUCCACAAGGCGUUCGAACAGAGGAUAGUCAGAGAUGAUACGGGAGGUAAAGAUCCUUCAAUAGAGUAUUGCACCGAACCGCGAAUCAAAUACGUUGAAACCGUCAUCAAAGAUGGCAGCAUGUCUGAGAUUGUCGAGACUAUAAGGCCUUGGAGCAUGCAUCUUGAUCUCAAGCCUCAAUUGAUGGUUGUAUCACUCCAUUCGUGCGGGAAUCUCAUACAUCAUGGACUCCGCUCUUUGGUCCUCAAUCCUGCGGUCAAGGCUGUUGCAAUGGUAGGGUGCUGUUACAACCUCGUCACUGAGCGACUUGGUCCACCCACAUACAAACUUCCUUCCUUGCGCACGUCAAAUCCACGGCUUGAAAGAACGACCUCCGCCUAUGACCCACAUGGCUUCCCAAUGUCAGAACGUCUUUCCCACUUCCGACAUUCUGGUGGCGAGGGUAUCCGAUUCAAUAUCACUGCGCGUAUGAUGGCUUGUCAAGCCCCCCAAAACUGGACAGAGCAAGAGUGCGAAUCGUUUUUCACAAGACACUUCUAUCGGGCACUCUUACAACGGAUCUUAUUAGAUCACAAGAUUGUUGGGAAACCCCUGACCAGUCACACCGAAGGGAACGACAGUGAUCUAAGAGAAGAACCCGUCGAAGGACCAGCUAUCAUCAUUGGAUCUUUGCGAAAACAGUGCUACCAAUCUUUCGUUGCGUACGUCAGGGGCGCUAUCCAGAAGAUGGCCAAUGAUCCGUAUCAUGGCGACCGCAUUAGAGAUCGGGUUCAAGGCAUAUCUGACGAGGAAAUCAAAGCAUACGAAGAGCGAUUUGGCAACAAAAAGAAAGAGCUUAGCAUUCUUUGGAGUCUAAUGGCAUUCAGUGCGAUCCUGGUCGAGUCGGUCAUUGUGGUCGAUCGGUGGAUGUACCUCAAGGAACAAGAUGCAGUAAAGGAUUGCUGGGUCGAGCCGGUUUUUGAAUACGGACAAAGUCCACGCAAUCUUGUGGUGGUCGGCAUCAAAAAUUGA